AUCUGUGCCGUAAGGGACAGCCCAUGGAUAGUAGGAAGUGUCCAGGGCCUAACAGUGCCAGAGGUGGACGUGCGGCCUGAACCUCGCUGGGCUGCUGUGUUUGGGCAAAAAGGGGAGAGGAAACAGAAUGCCAUGAAGCUCCAUCCAAGGAAGAGCAGCGGCGCCUCUGCUUCCCAUGUGCAAGGAGGAAAUGAAUUAGGUUCCAGGAGAUCAGCAUCACAAGAACAAGUGCUUUGCUCCAGAUGUGAGCCUGCUUGUUUCCUUCUGUUUUGUGUCCUCAUUCGCUCGUCCAGACAUGUGAUGCAGGAGGAGCGCUGGGAUGAUAUGGAAUGUGGCCAGUUGCCUUCAGAUGCCCUCCGACAGGUGAAGAUCCAGCGUGACCCCGUCUACGGCUUCGGCUUUGUGGCUGGCAGUGAGAGGCCUGUUGUUGUUCGCUCUGUGACACCAGGCGGACCCUCUGAUGAUAAACUCUUGGCAGGUGACCAGAUUUUGGCCAUAAAUGAUGAAGAUGUGAGUGAAGCCCCAAGAGAAAGAUUCAUAGAGCUUGUGAGAGGUGCUAAAGAAUCUAUUCUCCUCACUGUGCUACAGACCCAUCAGUCUCCAAAAUCAGCAUUCAUCAGUGCGGCCAAGAAGGCAAAGCUGAGGUCAAAUCCAGUGAAGGUCCGCUUUUCAGAGCAGGUCACCAUUGGUGAGACUGAUCCAGAGAUGCUGAAGAAGGAAGCACUUCUCCUUAUUCCUAACGUGCUGAAGGUUUUUCUCGAGAAUGGGCAAAUCAAGUCUUUCACAUUUGAUGGCCGAACCACUGUCAAGGAUGUGAUGGUGACCCUGCAGGACCGGCUGUCCCUGAGGCACAUUGAGCAUUUCGCCCUCGUCCUGGAGUAUGCCAGCCCGGAGCAGAGCCACAAGUUCCUUCUCCUCCAGGACAAGCAGCCCCUUGCCCACGUGGUGCAGAGGACCCACUAUCAAGGGAUGAGGUGCCUGUUCCGUGUGAGUUUCUUUCCCAAAGAUCCAGUGGAGCUGCUGCGUCGAGAUCCAGCAGCAUUUGAGUACUUGUACAUCCAGAGCCGCAAUGAUGUGAUUCGGGAGCGCUUCGGGAUGGAGCCCAAGCCUGAGAUGCUGCUGGGCCUCACCGCCCUUCACAUUUACAUCACUGUCUCCGCUACACGGCCGAGCCAGAAGGUGUCCCUCAAAAACGUUGAGAAGGAAUGGGGCCUGGAGCCAUUUCUGCCUCCCUCCCUGCUGCAGGGCAUCAAAGACAAGAGCCUUCGGAAAGCUCUCUCUCAGCAGCUGAAGGCCCACCAGAACCAGCCACCGUGUGGAACCAAGGUUUCCACGACCCAAGCAAAGCUCCAGUACUUGCGAAUCCUAAAUGAGCUGCCGACCUUCGCAGGCGUCCUCUUCAACACCGUGGGACUGGAUGAGAAGCAGCCAGCCACCACACUUCUGGUGGGACCCCGCCAUGGCAUCAGCCACGUGAUUGACCUGAAGACCAACCUCACCACUGUGCUGUCUGAGUUCAGCAAGGUCAGCAAGAUCCAGCUGUUUCGGGAAAACCAAGGUGUGGCACGGGUGGAAACCAGCAUCUUGGAUGCCAAGCCGCUGGUGCUGCUGAUGGAGUGGCCAGAGGCCACCAACUUUGCCUGUCUCAUUGCUGGCUACUGCCGCCUCCUGGUAGACUCCAAGAGGAUGAUCUUCUCCCGUCCCGCCAGCCAGCCGCCUCCUCCUCAAAUGAUCAAGGCAGAUUAUGCGCCCACCACCCACCGGUCUGUGGCAGCGGGGCACGUGGGAAAGAAAGAGAGCGGGUUCCUGGGUGGCUCUGUCCCCAGCCCCGGGGAAUGUCCCCCUCGAGCUCCCGUGGCCUCGGACUCGGAGCUCGUCAGCUUUUGCUACCUGCACAUGCGAGAGCAGAGAAAGGAGCGCAAGACCAGGACGGACAUCAAUGAAAACCUGAUCUUCUUUGAGGAGUCUCGGCCCCGGACCAAAUCCGAUCCCACACCCAACAGUUCUGGACAAGACUGCAAUGGGGCCUCUAACAACUAUGACCCGGAUGGCCUGGACCGAGAGCGCUGGGCCAACCGGGCCAGAGCCUACACCAUGGACAGCCAUGGACGGAGUAACUCUGUGCACUUUUACUGUGACUCUUGCAAAGCCAAAGUCAAGGGUAGGCUGGCCUCUCGCAAGGGUGGCAAUCCUGGCAGCUCCCGUGACAACAUGGUGGAUUUGAUGUCCCUUCCCCCUCCAGGGAGUGAUGAGGAGGAGGACGAGACCACCGCUCUGCUCCCUGCCAUUGCUGCUCCGCCUCCUGGAUUCCGGGACAACAGCUCAGACGAAGACGACUCCAAGCGGCGGGCAGCAGUGCAGGGCCAGGAGCAAGGCCGCCAUCUCUGUGGAAUCCUCUAUGACGAGAUUCCCGUGACUCUCAUAGACAGUGUGCAAACAAGGACGGUCAGAGACCAUGCUCAGGAUCUUGACGAUGCCCUGGUAUCCACCCUUCAGGCACUGGAGGCUUUGGCUGCCUCGGAGGAUGGCCCACACCCCCAGCCACAGCAGACAGCAGGCCUGAUUGUUCUGGCUGCCAUCACCCCAGAGUCAUCGCUGGACUCCGGCCACGAAACCAAUUCUUCGGAGAUCACCGAUGUCUCAGAGAUGGUCUCGGCCAUGAAGCAGCGCCAGAAUGCUGCCUACUUCCUGGCUCAGCAUAUCAAUAAAGAGAACCUUCUGACUAGGAAGGACCUUCCUUUCCGCAUUCAGGGCUGCGCCGCACAAGCUGUCCUUGCCUCACCUUACCCCCUCCGCCACCAGGAACCGAGCUCUUCCCCAAAGCCAGCAAUCUCAAACCAAAACUCCAAGCCUCCUUGCAGUAGAAACAAGCAGGAUCCUCCCCAGCUUGGGAGAAGCUACGCCUUGGCUGUUCAGCCUGUGCUCUCCCAGCAGCUCAGCGAGCCAAAGAGUAAAGGUACAUCAAUGCCAAAUGUGGAGUGUGAGGGAGCCAGUCCUUCCAAAGUGGCCUUAGAGGUAUCUUUGCAUGCUGCUGCCCUAAGUGGUGAGAAGGUGCAGGUGCUGCAAGACAAGAUGCCCAAGGAGGUCCGGCUGAGCCCCAAGUUGAUCCUGGAUGCCAGAAGCAGAGUUUCUCCUGCCAUCUUUUCAGCUGCUCUGCAGCAAGUAGUGACCCACAAAUCCUUGCCUUCCCAAGCAGCAACAGCAGUAGCAGCCACCACCUCACUAGAUCUUCCAAGUGAACACAAGACUCCCAAUGGAAGCCAGGACUGCAGAUGGCAGGGCAGCAGCAAGCAUUUACAACAUCAGGCAAGUCAGCUUGAUCCUUCUUAUAAAUGCCCCCAGAAGCAGCAAGAGGAAGCCUCUCCAAGACUCAGAGGAUCCCAAGGCAGCAAAGUGAAUGUUCUCCAUCGCUCUCCAGCCCCUGGGGAGAGACAGCCUUCCAAGAGCAGCCAGCACCAAAUCAGCCAAGAAUCUGCAGAAAAGCUAGGGGGUGAUGAGCCCCUGUCAAAGGCUGGGGGACAGUCUGCUAGCCCGGCCCCACAGAAACAGACUGCUCCUGCAAGCCAAGGGGAGAGGGGACAGCAGGAACCCUGUGCUAAAAGCCUCAAAGCAGAGGCAAGCAGCCUGAAGUCCCCUGCUGCUGCCAGUGGCAUUUUCAGGAGCUCCAGUGAGGAUCCCACAGGGCAGAUCCAGCUGGUAACCAGGACUGAGGGUCUGACAAUAAGCUCUGUGCCUUCCAAAAAGCCUGAGAAGGUCCUGGAGGUGACCCCACAGGAUGUUGACGUCCCAGCCAAGCCCAAAGUGCCCAAGGCCCCAUUCCGGUUGAGGAAACUCUUUUCUGCUACUUUCCCCACAAGGCUCAAAAAAGAGACAGAUGAGAGGCAGGCCCAGCUGCAGAAGGUGAAGCAGUAUGAGUUGGAGUUCUUGGAAGAGCUACUCAAGCCAAAGACUAAAGGUGACCCCCCACCGCUGGAGUAUCUGCUCCCUUCAGCAUCCGGGCGCUGUGGUUGCCAACUAAAGACCAGCCCUGUGCAGAAGGUCCCUGGGAUGUCCAGGGAACAGAGGAGAAGCUGUGACUGUAAGCGUAUUAGCAGAGGGGCAAGGCCUCAGGUAAUUGCACCAGAACAGGAACGGCAAGGCAGGGAGAAAGCCCAGAAGCAGGCCGAGGUGGUAAAAGGCACCAGCAUCAAAAGCCCUUUGAAAGGCAGCCGGCUGCGGUCCACGAGCCUGGAGUCUAGAGACCGCCGGUCUGACCCCGAGAACAGCUUGUCAUGCUUGACCACAUGUGCUUCUCGUGGAGAGUGCAUGGGAGCCCCACAGUACAGGAAGCUAAUGCGCCGCUACAGCGUUAGUGAAAUUGACAAGACAGACGAUGCAUCUCUGACAUCCGAUGUCUACCAGAGCAUUUAUCCAACCCAGCAAAAAUGCUCACAAGAGGAAAGCCAAGCUGUGGUCCAGGCACCAGCCUUGAAGAACAAAGCCCAGGAGACCCUGGCAGUGGGGGCAGAGCCCUCCUAUGUCCAAAUUGCGCAGGAAAAGAAAAGCCAGAAGGACCACACCGUCUUCUCUCUCCAGGAGGAUGUGUAUCCAAGCCAUGCUGAGCUGCCAGAGGAAGACAUGGAGGGGGAGAAGUGCUGCUCCAUUCGGUACUGUUUCUACUACAGGAAGUGUGAUAUGGCAGACGAUGGGAGCGAGAAGGACGAGUUGUCCUACUCCAUCCCCAUGCAGAUCCUUCCUGGCAUGAAACUUGACAAUCAGGCCGUUCCAGUUGUAAGCAGGACCCUUCAGGUUUUGGAUGCUAGCGCCUGCAGCAGUCCUGAUGACAACCAGACCCAAGAGAUAGACCUGCGAACCUCCACCUUUGAGGGAAGCCUGGCUAAGAUCCAUGCCCUGCGAGGCCGCACCUAUGCCUUGCCUGAUGGGUUCAUGGCUGUGCAGCUGGACACUAGUGAGCUCCUGACCAUCCUGAGGCAGUGUGUUGUGAACCCCGAAGUUCGGGAAGGCAAGCCUUACCUCUCACAGCUGAUUGAGUACAAGCAGGAGCUGGCAUUGAAGUUCAAGGAGUUCAGGGCUUCUUGCCGCAGAGUGGCCGCAGUCGACAAGAGCCCGACCCGCAUGCUCUCGGCCAUCACAAGCAGCUUCCAAGUUCUAGGCAGCUUGAUUGAGACCUUUGUGCGCCUCGUGUACGUGGUACGCUCCGAGUCUCAGAGGCAGGCACUGCUGACCAAAGUCGAGGAGGUGGUGCGGAACUAUACUUUCCUGCUCAGAGCAGCUGAGGAGUCGACAGCCCGAACGGUUGGUCACUGGGACCAGGCUGCUGAUCAGCUGACUCGGCAGCCGGUGGCCACGGUCAUGAGCACUUUCACACGCUCUUUGAAGAACCUAAUGAAUAAGUAAGUCGGCAUGCACCGGAGCAGUGAGUCCGUACCUCUCCUCUCGUCAGCAUGCCAAGAGCUAGUGCCCGACCUUCCACGGGGGCUGUGGGUGGACAGUCAAGUCCAAACAAGAAAGCAGACGUCUUACUAACUCUUGCCAGUGGCCUCCAGCAGCUGCACUGCAUGCUUUCCAUGCUGCCUGCCCUGUGUGGAGCAAGUCCACUGCCCGCAGAAGCCCUGUUUUGUUUCUUUGAAGGCAGCAGAUACCUUUUGCUUUACAGAGCUCUGCUGGGCCUUUCUGAAUGUACAAAAGUGUGCCAAGGCCACUUGCUUUUGUCCCAUGGGGACCAGAAAGGAGCCUUGGCCUCUGCCAAGUGCCUCCAAAGUCUACAGAUGCAGCAUUCAACUAGCAGUAAAUGCUGCCAUCAGCAGACCAAUCCCUGCAGGCAUAGCUGGGGAGUAGCAGUAGGAAGGUAUUGGCCCUUCCAAGGAGUGCAUUAAGAAUCUAGCAAGGUAUUGGGGGGGGGUGUUUCUUUUGCUGCGCUGAUGCGGCAAGGAGCUGAAAAGCCCCACCUGUGCCUCAGAGUUUCUAGCAGGCCAACCCCAGGGCCAUCAGCUAGGAGUCAACCUCCCACACUCCCCCUCCCAGAGGACGCGACUGCCAUGCAGUGCCAGACCUCAUUCUCUGUACACUGACAUCUGACUGUUCAUAGGCAGGGAGCAGUGGUAGCUUGGUCUCAAGUUGGCAGGUCAGGCCACAGUUCCAUAGGUCUUUGGAGGUGGGAGUUUCCUUUGAGACCCCCCCAUUGUGCUGCCACCCUUUAUUGGAAGGGUUCCUACAAACACUUCUCUGUCCCUCCCAGUACUGGGAUGUUUAUUAGAAUGUAUGGUGAAAUAAUGCCCAGUGGGUCUGUUAUUCCACUGAUGCCCAACCUCCAGAUAUACCCAAUUCAAGCACUUUCAUUGGGCUCUGAGGCCGUUCCUGUUCUUCCCAAACAGAGGGGAGAUUCCUCAUGUUGUGUGCCCACCCUCUUUUCCCCAGAUUCUAUUCCACCAUGACACUUGGGACAAAGUGCCCAUCCUGAAGAGCUCUCUUGAGUUUCUUUCCAAGAGGCCCACAUGAAGGUAAAGAGAAUCUUCCCACUGAGGCGGAAGGGCAAAAGGCUCAGGGAGUGCAGCUUUGCAUUUUGUGGAGUGAAAAUCCCAGUUAAGGCUCCAGUGACAAUAAAUCACCUCAUCUCUUUUUUGUUAUUGUUUUAAUACAAGGUGCUUUGGCAAUAGUUCAUUAUUUCCCCAAAAUGUAGACUGUGCUUUUUUUAACACAUAUCCUCUAUGUAGUGCAAUGUGUUCUCUGGCUCACAGCGAUCCCUGGCCUCAUCUGUUGCCCCAUGGAAAGAUCCUUCUGCAGGACACCCAGUGGGGGCCAGCGGGAUCCCUUCCCCAUCCACCAUUGACCAAGCAACCAGCGGCUUCCCUUGGUUGUGCCUGCCUCUCAUAAAACUCUCCACUGAAUACAGAGGAAACUUUUUUAAAAUGUCUGUAUAUAGUAUACAUAAAUAAAGGCUAUAUAUGUAUAGAUAUAUGAAAGUUAUAUAUAUAUAUAUACAAAUUUAUGUCUUGUUUUACAAAUAAGAAAGAGUAAAUAUACUAAUCUUAAU